UGGGGUGAUAUGAAUCUCGUGAAAUUAGUUGAGAUGCAUGAAAGUUGGUUUGGACACAUUAAAAAAGAAAAAGAUAAUUACAUCUAGGAAGUUGAACCAACAAUUAAACAUCUAAUAUAUUUCAACCACUUUCUCUAUAUAUAACCCUUUUACUAAAUGAACAAUCUCCACUCAAAUUAAAACACAAAUUCCAUUUCUUCAUUACCUUGAAGCAAAGUAAUAUUUGUCAAAUUGACACAAUGGCUACUUUGAACAAUGGCUCAAUCCUCUUAUUGAUGAUAGCAUUGUUGUCCAUAUCAAGCAUCACCACAAGUCAUGCUGCUCGUAGCCUACUUCAACUUCCCAACUUGCCUACAGUCCCCUCAUUGCCUCAGCCAACAGUGCCACAACUCCCUGCUAUUCCAAACAUGCCAACAUCAGUCACAUUGCCACCAUUGCCAAGUGUUGUAUCGUUGCCAACGCUUCCAACAGCUUCUCCAUUGCCUACAUUGCCCUCUGUUCCGAAGAUGACUCUGCCUACAUUGCCCUCUGUUCCGAAGAUGACUCUGCCUACAUUGCCCUCUGUUCCGAAGAUGACUCUGCCUACAUUGCCCUCUGUUCCGAAGAUGACUCUGCCUACAUUGCCCUCUGUUCCGAAGAUGACUCUGCCUACAUUGCCCUCUGUUCCGAAGAUGACUCUGCCUACAUUGCCCUCUGUUCCGAAGAUGACUCUGCCUACAUUGCCCUCUGUUCCGAAGAUGACUCUGCCUACAUUGCCCUCUGUUCCGAAGAUGACUCUGCCUACAUUGCCCUCUGUUCCGAAGAUGACUCUGCCUACAUUGCCCUCUGUUCCGAAGAUGACUCUGCCUACAUUGCCCUCUGUUCCGAAGAUGACUCUGCCUACAUUGCCCUCUGUUCCGAAGAUGACUCUGCCUACAUUGCCCUCUGUUCCGAAGAUGACUCUGCCUACAUUGCCCUCUGUUCCGAAGAUGACUCUGCCUACAUUGCCCUCUGUUCCGAAGAUGACUCUGCCUACAUUGCCCUCUGUUCCGAAGAUGACUCUGCCUCCAUUGCCCGCUAAUAUUCCUCUGCCCAGCAUGCCUUCAUUUCCAAACAUUCCUACACUUUCACCUCCUCCAUCCAACUGAUCUUGCAGCUUCCAACAUUUUACCUGCCUUGCCCAUAUGGUCGUUACCAUUUGAUGUUUUGCUCUUUCGUUGUCUCAAUCUUUUUGAUUCGUAUCGUUGUAUCCUAUUGUUUGUACCCUCUUUGAGUGUUCUGUAUUGAUUGUCCAGAUAAACUUUGUAUUAAUUAGGGUGAUGCAAUAUACUAUUUUUGAUUUAUCCAUGUU